UCCCCCCCUAUAUCAUCCUGUCCAGAUGUGAGUUCCGAGUUACAGACAACUCGCUUUCAGAGAAGACUGUCACUUCUUGGAUCUGUACAUCCAACACACCAGCAGAGAUGAAUGCAAAAUGUGCCUUUGCACUGAUCCUCGCUCUGCAGGUCUCAAUGAGCCUGUGUGACAUUCCCACACCAUCGCAGGAACUUGUUGAUAAGUAUAAUUCAAUGAAAACUGUGUUCUACAAGAGGCUGCUGAAUGCUUAUGGCAAGCUGCAUGGAGUUGCUGCUCCUUUGAUUGAGAAAUUUGGUGAAGGAGAGCAUGGACAGAAUGCCAGGAACUUCAUUGAGGAACUGCAAACCAAGCCUGAGUUCCAAGCUCUUGUCAAGGUUGGCAGUGGCCUGGGUGAGGAGGCCGGUCCCCUGUUAGACAGGGCCCGUACAUCAGCGCUGGGUAUGUACGAAGAAUACCUGCGCCCCCAUGUUGGCAACUACCUGAGCGAUGCCAUCGACCACAUCAAGGUCUACCUGGACAAAUACAUGCCCGCUGAGUAAAGAACACCAACUGGAGCUCACCAACCUGUACUAGAUGAUAGUUCAUAGAAACUACACCAGUUUAGGCUGAGAGGAACAAUGCACAAUGCAAAUUACAAUCAUUUGCCUUUUUCAAAUCGGUAUAUUUGCCAAAUCAUGCAGAGAGCAGGGCAAACAUGUCAACACCACCUGUGCAAAUUGUGCAUGUACAGUAUUUUGUGUUUGAUACACUAACCAAAGUCUGCGUGUGAUUGUGUAUGUAUAUGUGUGAAUGUGUUCAAUAAAAUGAACAGGAAACUA